AUGUCUCCACAACCAAGAGAUGUUAACAUCACAGCUCCACAAUCGACAGUUGUAGACCCAACAGCUCCACAACAAUCCAGAGUAGUGAAUACCACAUCUUCACAACCCAGAUAUGUUAGCAGCACACCUCCACAACCCUCAAUAGUAAGCACCAGGACUCCACAAGCUAUAGACGUUAACAUCGCAGCUCCACAAUCCAAAGUUGUAGACGCAACAGCUGCACAACAAACCAGAGUAGUGAAUACCACAUCUUCACAAUCCAGAUAUGUUAGCAGCACACCUCCACAACCCUCAAUAGUAAGCACCAGGACUCCACAACGUAUAGACGUUAACAUCGCAGCUCCACAAUCCAAAGUUGUAGACGCAACAGCUCCACAACAAUCCAGAGUAGUGAAUACCACAUCUUCACAAUCCAGAUAUGUUAGCAACACACCUCCACAACCCUCAAUAGUAAGCACCAGCACUCCACAACCUAUAGAUGUUAACAUCACAGCUCCACAAUCCAAAGUUGUAGAUCCAACAGCUCCACAACAAUCCAGAGUAGUGAAUACCACAUCUUCAGAACCAAGAUAUGUUAGCUACACACCUCCACACACAACCCUCAAUAGUAAGAACCAUGUCUCCACAACCAAGAGAUGUUAA